AUGGGUCUCUUCAUACCCCAAGACAAAUUUGAAAAUUUGAAAUUAUACAAGUACUCUGCCGAAGAUCAUUCAAUCAUCUCUAAACAUGUAUUGAAAAAGUGGUGGAACAAGUUCGUUCAAGUAUUUCCAAUGUCCAUGGCACCAAAUGUCAUCACAUUACUUGGUUUAAUGUUCAUCGUAGUAAACUUGUUAUCAGUUUUUUACUAUGAUCCUUAUCUUAGUGACUCAUCUCCUAGAUGGUGUUAUUUCUUUUAUGCUUUCGGAUUGUUCAUGUACCAGACCUUUGAUGGAUGUGAUGGUUGUCACGCCAGAAGAACCAAGCAAAGCGGACCAUUGGGAGAGCUUUUUGAUCACUCCAUUGAUGCAAUUAAUACUACUUUUGGAACUUUGGUGUUUGCAUCCGUAUUCAGAACAGGCUAUGGAACAUUGUUGAUCCUAGCGCAAUUCGCUUCAGUCUGUAACUUUUACAUGUCUACCUGGGAAGAAUAUCACACUAAAACUUUGUAUUUAUCAGAGUUCAGUGGACCCGUUGAAGGUAUUUUACUUUUGACAAGUAUUUACAUUUUAACUGGGAUCCUUGGGCCAGAUAUCUGGCAUGUGAAAAUCUUUGAGUUAGACCUUUCUUCUCUCGGGUUUGAUGAAGCAUUUGAAGUUAACAGCUCUGUCUUCUGUAUGGUCGCAGGAUUGGGCGCUCUUUACUUCAACAUAGUUGGCACAAUGAAGAAUGUCAAGAAGCAUUACGAGAAGCAAAACAAGGGUAAUCUUGCUAAAGCUAAUGAAAUAUCCAUGGUGGCUUAUAGGGGUUUGAUUCCAUUUUUUGCUUACUACGGCUCAAUAACUUUAUUUUUGUGGUUUUAUCCAGAAGUGCUGUCAAAACAUUGCUUCCCACUAAUUAUUUCAAUUGGCUGCACCAUCGCAUUCUCAGUGGGAAGGAUAAUACUUGCUCAUUUAACGUUACAGAAGUUUCCGAUAAUCCAAGUUCCCAUGUUCCUUCCUUUGUUCCAACUUUUUAUCUCUAAAAUUCUUAUUUCCUUUUAUAAUUAUGAUGAGCACAAAGUAUUGACAGCAAUAAGCUGGUUGGGAAUGGGGAUGACAUUAGGAAUCCACGGUGUAUUCGUUUCGGAGAUCAUCUACGAAAUCACGGAUUAUCUCGAUAUUUAUGCCUUGUCGAUCAAAUACAAGAAAGCAUAG